AGAAAAUGUUGCUCUGAUGAGUGUGACACAGAUGAAAUCUCUCCAGAACAGAGGGCCGCAAUGCAAGAUACUUAUGGCUGCAUUAACUGGCAUUUAAAAUUCCUGCCCCUUGGAGAGACCGAAGAGAGCCAGCGAGAAAAGAAAGAACAACUGAAGAGGAUGUUUCUGCAAACUGAAACAAAUGCAGAGGAGGUCAAGCAUCUAAUGAAGUUGACUUUCUAUACACAGCGUAAACAAGUCAACCAAGGGGAAAAUAUGAAACAUCUCCUCAAAGAGUGGCCAUUUUGGUUCAGCGAGCUUGGCAUGACAGUCCACUUUAAGGAACUUACUGGAAUUGGGCUUAUAGAAACUUUCACACGGAAUGUGGUUCUGAAGGGGAAACGACUCUUGAACUACUUCAAUACUGUUGGUGUAAACAAGAACAAAAAGUUCCUACAGGCUGUAACAAACUUGAAAGUGAUCAGGGGAGAGCUGAGUGAUGGCUCUGAAGAUGUCAAAGAGAUGUUGCUGCUUUUGUUGUCUUACUUUAAUGAUAAGGAAGACACAAUGUUCUGUUAUGUGGAGGACACCUGCCUGCCAGAGGAAGUUCCGAUGGGUCAAGUUCAUCUGACUCCCAGCCUUGUUGUAUGUGGUCGAUCGUGUUUUUCUGCGAAGCGGUUCAUGCUAUGUGUGGAUCAAAACAUUGUUCACAACAAUAUCCCCUCCUUCAUUUCCGCAGUGUGCUUGAUGUUUGGCAGCUAUUACUGCUUUAAUAUACACUACCCAUCACAGCUGGCAUCAACUCUUGAGUUUUUGCAGAGGUAUGUGUUCUCCGAUAGAACAAUUUUGCUUUCUUUUUCCGAAAAAAAUUACGGUAGCUGGCUGCUUGACUUAGGGCUACGGGGACUUUUUAUGAUUAUAUGUGGUUAAUAGCCACUGUUGUAAUAUUUUCUUAUUUAGGGUUAGGUUUAAAACUUUAAGGCCUGGUUUCAAAGACAAGGCUUAGCUUAAUGGGAUAGUUCGGACAAAAAUGGUAAUAAACUUUUGAUUUACUAACCCUCAAGCCAUCGAAGAUGCAUAUGUCCCUCAUUUUUCAGACAAACACAUUUCCAGUUAUUUUUAAAAAUGUCCUACAUCUUCCAAUUUUAAGUGUACAAAUAUCAGGUCCACCUCCUUCAAACCCAAAGAAUGUGCCUCUAUCAUUUUACAAAAAUAAAUCAAAGGGAUCCAGGGGGAUAAAUAAAGGCCUUUUGAGGUUAAUCCAUGAUUUUCUCUUAGAAAUAUCCAUAUUCAAAACUUUACAAAGAAAAAUGACGAGCAUCUGGUAAUGCCACCCUCUUA